AUGCUGCAGUCGUUGAAAAAGUACACGAGGCGGCAUCGUGGCGGCAUUCUCGUCACUGCAGCCAUUGGUGGUGGAAGCUACCUGAUCGGCCGUUAUGCAGCUGGCAAGAUUCGAGACCAUCAACAACAUGCGAAUAGCAAAGAAACGUUGCGACGACUCUUUCAGCAAAACCAAAACGAUUGUGUCUUUACGGUCCUAUCUCUCUUGCCGACUUUGGGUGAACAAAUCUUUAAAGAGAUAAAUGUCGAGACAUGUUGGCAAAAGCUGCAACGAUCAAGGAAGCUCGAGAAACAGCAAUCAGAUGAUGAUGAUAAGGAUCAGGAAGGGAUUUUGGACAAAGAAACCAAGUAUCUACUUUGGGAGGAAAUCAAAGAGAAGAGCUUCAUACGCACAUUCACGUCGAUUUAUUCAGUUACCUUGUUGAUCCUCUUGAUGCAAAUCCAGCUGAACAUCCUUGGACGCUGCAAUCGUUACGAAUGGUCAGCUGGUACACGUAGCGAACCAACGCUUCAUCUACAGCAGAGCCCAUCCAUCGACCCACAGACUGAAGAUGUGUAUCUCGGAGCAUGUUGGUGGCUAUUGCAUAGAGGAUGGAGACUUUGCUACCAACAAGUCAAAGAAGCAGUGGAUGAGACCUUAAAGAGCGUAUCGCUGAAACGAUUGAUCAACUACAAGGAUGCAAAAGUGAUCACCCAACAAUUACGACGGCACAUAGAAUGGGAUAGUGAUGGUGCAUUAUCAGAAAGUAUACGGUCUUGGAUGUUACCACAGGACUUGGAUGGCACUAGAGAACUUUUGGAUAAAACAGGCGUUGGGGAUGACUUUCCACGGCUAUCAUCAAUCAAGUUGAGAUCACUGCUGGAUGAGACAAGGGCAUACAUUAAUAGUGAUGCAUUUUCCCAUGUCCUCAAUUCAUGUCUUGACCAAGCCUUUGGUGUCUUUUAUCGACAUGCUUUUGCCGAACCGCUUGUGGAUGAUAACCAAGCAGCAACUAAAAAGACAACGCUGGCCAAUCUUUUACCUGGUGUCAGUCGACAGGCUCAUCUUGUGAUAUCCGGAAAUGAAUAUCUUAAUGAAUUUGUUUAUAGCAAAGAACUCGAAGCUUUUUCUGCCAUCAUUUACACCCAAAACGCCAUAGAUUAA